AUGCAGGCGUUCGCGAUGUUCGCAAUGGGACAAACCAUGCCAGCCGGUCCCACAACCACCGUGACACAACCGGAGGCUGUCGAGACACCACCCACUGCUGUACCCGAGCUCGUACCGGAGGCUGCUACCAUAAUUCCAGAAGAAACCACCUCUGCACAGGACACAGUCCCAGUCAUCACCACCAAGCCGGAGGACGAUGCAGUACCCCGCUGUUCCAGUACCAACCCUUGCGGAGAUUCGCGAAGUAGAGACAGAUCUGGCCGCGGGACUGAAUUAUUGGCCGUAAGCGAACCCAGGUUAGAUUCUGAUUCUACGAGGGAAACCCCUGUUUUAAAGGAUGGAGAGGAAGGUGGAGCACUCGAUUCUGAGGAUGCUCAAGAAACUGUUGAUGCAGGACUCAACAUGAUAGUGGAUCUAACUGAGGUCCCUGAGGAGGCCGAUUCGCAGCUAAAUCUAAGGGGAACAAGGAGAGGGACACGUCGAAGUAUUCUUGAUGACAUUGACGAAUCCGCACAACAAAAGGAUAAGGAAACGCUGGACCUAGCGACAGCCGUGUCUGAGCAGGGAGACUCCCCCAGACCGAGUGGAAGGGAGAGUGAAGAAGAGGGGCGCCGCGCGAUGGCUAAGAAAAGGAAAGGAAAACAAAUUGCUUCCUCCUCGACCGAGAAGGCGAGGGAGAUAUCUACUGAUUCCCCACUUCCUCCACCUACCAAGGUACCAUACGCCGCAGAGCCCGAGAGUCCUGCCAGGUCCAGCGAUUCAGAGGAGGACCAAGAGGCAGAUGUACUGAACUUUGAGCCGACGGAAAUUUGGAUUACAAAGGAACUGCUGGACGAUAUGAGAAAAUUUGACGAUCCGAAACGUGCGGCCAUAUACAAGGAGAAGAGUGCUGAGGGAAAGGGAGACUCCCCCAGACCGAGUGGAAGGGAGAGUGAAGAAGAGGGGCGCCGCGCGAUGGCUAAGAAAAGGAAAGGAAAACAAAUUGCUUCCUCCUCGACCGAGAAGGCGAGGGAGAUAUCUACUGAUUCCCCACUUCCUCCACCUACCAAGGUACCAUACGCCGCAGAGCCCGAGAGUCCUGCCAGGUCCAGCGAUUCAGAGGAGGACCAAGAGGCAGAUGUACUGAACUUUGAGCCGACGGAAAUUUGGAUUACAAAGGAACUGCUGGACGAUAUGAGAAAAUUUGACGAUCCGAAACGUGCGGCCAUAUACAAGGAGAAGAGUGCUGAGGGAAAGGUUGCGAAGUCUGGAAAGAUUUGA